AGGCGGGGCAGGGGGCGAUGGUUGCCUGGCGAGCGAGGCUGGCGCGGUGCUGGUGUUGGGAGGGCUGCCGGGUCGCUCUUCCAGGUCCCCGCUGCCAGGGCCUGGGCCGGUACGGGGGCCGCGCCGCCUCGCUCGCACCUUUGCAGGCCACCUUCUGAGAUCUUGAGCUGGGCCCAAUCUGGCGCUCCCUUCGCUCCCUGCCCGAACCCUAGCUCCUGUUAUCCGCCCCGCUCGCAGCCCAGCGGGUCCAGACCUCUUGUCCCCGUCCCCACCGCGGCCACAGCCCGUUGAGCGUCAGCCCUCCUGACUUCCCCUCUCAGGCAGGCCUGCCAACUCCUCCAGCCGCCGCUCUUCCUCUGUCUGGUCCUUGGAGGUGGUUGGUUACCAUGGUGAAGCUGGCAGCCAAAUGCAUCCUGGCAGGAGACUCAACGGUGGGCAAGACGGCCCUGGCGCAGCUCUUCCGCAGCGACGGAGCCCACUUCCAGAAGAACUACACCCUGACAACAGGGGUGGACUUGGUGGUGAAGACGGUGCCAGUCCCUGACACGGGGGACAGUGUGGAACUCUUCAUUUUUGACUCUGCCGGCAAGGAGCUGUUUUCUGAAAUGCUGGACAAAUUGUGGGAGAGCCCCAACGUCUUGUGUCUCGUCUACGACGUGACCAAUGAGCAGUCCUUCCACAACUGCAGCAAGUGGCUGGAGAAGGCUCGGGCGCAGAUCCCGAGCACCUCCCUCCCAGGUGUGUUAGUGGGGAAUAAGACAGACCUGGCCGGCAGACGAGUGGUGGAAUCAGCACGGGCCCGGGCCUGGGCGCUGGGCCAAGGCCUGGAAUGUUUUGAAACAUCCGUGAAGGAGAUGGAAAACUGCGAAGCCCCCUUCCACUGUCUGGCCAGGCAGUUCCACCGCCUGUACCGGGAGAAGCUGGAGGUUUUCCACGCGCUGGCAUGAGGGCUGGGGUGGUGGCUCCUUGCGACAGUGCGGUGCUGCUGGGAACCCCGCAGCAGGCUGCGGCUUCUUGGAAGAGGAGAGAAAAUAGAGUCACCUCAGCACUUCCAAUGUAUCAUGACGGCUUGAAAUAAAAUGAGGAGAAACUGGA